CUGGUGUCGCGGGGCCGGCGGGCGAGCGUGGAGGUGAGCGGGGCGAGCGGGGCGCUGGUGGUGAGCUCGCGACUGGACCGGGAGGAGCUGUGCGGGAAGAGCGCGCCGUGCGCCCUGCGCCUGGAGGUGCUGCUGGACCGGCCGCUGCGCGUCUUCCACGUGGAGGUGGAGGUCACCGACAUCAACGACAAUGCGCCGCGCUUCCCCGCCGCCUCCAAAAAUAUCAGCAUCGCGGAAUUAACCACCAUGCCGGGUACCCGUUUUCCUCUGGAGGGCGCGUCGGAUGCAGAUAUCGGAUCGAACGCGCAGCUCUCGUAUACACUGAGCCCUUCCGAGCACUUCGCUCUGGAUGUGCAGCGAAGCGAGGAUCAUUUGGAAUCAUUAUUUUUGGUGCUGACGAACCCUCUGGACCGCGAGUCGCUGUCGGAGCACCGGCUGGUGGUGACGGCGAGUGACGGGGGCAGGCCGGCGCUGACGGGCACGGUGCAGCUGGUGAUCUCGGUGCUGGAUGCGAACGACAACGCGCCGCAGUUCAACCAGUCGGUGUAUAAAGUGCAGCUGCCGGAGGACGCGGCGGAGGGGACGCUGGUAGCGCGAGUGGCAGCCACGGACCCGGACGAAGGACUUAACCAGGAGUUUUCCUACAGCAUCGUCGGUUCUGUUCCUCCAUCUCAGAGAGAUGCAUUCAGCAUUGAUCCACGGACGGGGGAGAUCCGGCUGCGAGAAUUCCUUGAUUAUGAGAACGUCCGUUUAUGUGAGUUGCAAGUUGAAGCGAAGGACAAGGGAUUUCAUCCUUUAUCGGGCCACUGCAAGGUGUUGUUGGAGGUGCUGGACGUGAACGACAACGCGCCCGAGGUGUGGGUGACGUCGCUAUCUGUGCCGGUGCCCGAGGACGCGGCGCUGGGGACGGUGGUGGCGCUGCUGAGCGUGUCGGACCGGGACUCGGGGCCGAACGGUCGGGUGCGGUGCGCGGUGCGGCCGCCGUCGCCGUUCGGGCUGGUGGCGACGUUCGCGGGCUCGUACUCGCUGGUGCUGCGGGAGGCGCUGGACCGGGAGCGGGUGUCGGAGUACGAGGUGGAGGUGCGGGCGGAGGACGGCGGGGCGCCGCCGCUGCGCGCCAGCCGCGGGCUGCGGGUGCCGGUGUCGGACGUGAACGACAACGCGCCGGCGUUCGCGCAGGCCGUGUACACGGUGCUGGCGCGGGAGAACAACGCGGCGGGCGCGGAGCUGGCGCGGCUGUGGGCGCGAGACCCGGACGAGGCGGGCAACGGGCGCGUGAGCUACUCGGUGUGGGAG